AUGGGGACUCGGAGCUUCACUCGAAUCCUACCUACUCUGUUCACCAACCAAAAUAAACACGCAAUUCCCACGUAUGUUUCGUCCACCUCCAAAAGCAGAGAUGGGUCUCCGAAAAGAUCGGACCGCGACAGGGGGGACCGAGGUCGCAGCGACCGCGAUCGCGACAGAGGGCGAGACAGAGACAGGGACAAGAAGAAGGGGCGCAGCCGCUCCAGGUCGAGGUCCAGGUCUCUCGACCGCAAGCGUCGCGAGCGGGAUAGGAAGGAGCGGGAUCGGAGAGACCGAGACAAGCGCGGCAGUUCUCCCCGGCGAGGAGAUCGAGAUCGCGACAACAGGGACAGGGAUAGAGAUAAUCGGGAUCGAGGUAAGCAGGACCGUGCCUCCGCCAAGGACGGCAAGGGCAAGAACCAGGACGCCAGCAAGCCGACAAAGGACAGGCCCAAGGCAGCGGCCGCGGGGGGGGGCGGGGUCGACCUGCUCUCCAAGCUCGCGGCCAUCAACGCCCGGGUGACCGGAAAGCCUGCCGUCGCAGUGAGUGGCGCCGUGUUUUUGUUUGCCUGGUAA